AUGGCUGCCAACGGAGACUUUUCGGAGGACGAUCUGUCCCAGCCCGGCUCGCCCGUUCUCGACGCCAACGAUGCCCAAGACUUCGACGACCAGGAGCCUCUCGACCAGCCCAAGAAGUCGGCCAUGAAGAAGAGCAAUGCUGCGCCUCAACCCCAACGGCCUGAGCUACCGCCGCAAUCGGACCCGGCCACCCUGGAUGUGUCAACUCUGACACCCUUGACACCCGAAGUCAUUGCCCGUCAAGCCACAAUCAACAUUGGCACAAUCGGUCAUGUCGCUCACGGCAAGAGUACCGUUGUAAAAGCUAUCUCCGGGGUCCAGACUGUGCGAUUCAAGAACGAAUUGGAGCGAAACAUCACCAUCAAGCUUGGUUACGCCAACGCCAAGAUCUACAAGUGUGACAACCCUGCUUGUCCUCGCCCGACAUGCUACAAGAGUUAUAGCAGUGAUAAGGAGGUCGAUCCUCCUUGUGAGCGUGAUGGAUGCGAGGGCCGUUACCGUCUGCUUCGCCAUGUUUCUUUCGUUGACUGCCCUGGCCACGAUAUUCUCAUGAGCACUAUGCUUUCGGGUGCCGCCGUCAUGGACGCUGCUCUGCUUCUCAUUGCCGGAAACGAAACCUGUCCUCAGCCUCAAACCUCCGAGCAUUUGGCCGCCAUUGAGAUUAUGAAGCUCAACCACAUCGUUAUUCUGCAGAACAAGGUCGAUCUGAUGCGGGAGGACAACGCCCUUCAGCACUACCAAUCCAUCCUCAAGUUCAUCCGCGGUACCGUCGCCGAUGGCUCUCCCGUUAUCCCCAUUUCCGCCCAGCUCAAGUACAACAUCGACGCUGUGAACGAAUAUCUCACAACCUCCAUCCCUGUCCCCGUCCGAACCUUCGACCAGGCCCCUCACAUGAUGGUUAUUCGUUCAUUCGAUGUUAACAAGCCCGGUGCCGAGAUUGAUGAGCUCAAGGGUGGUGUUGCUGGUGGUUCCAUCUUGAGCGGUGUUCUGAAAGUCAACGAUGAGAUCGAGAUUCGCCCCGGUCUGGUUACCAAGGAUGAGAACGGCAAAAUCCAGUGCCGCCCCAUUUUCAGCCGUAUUGAGUCUCUCUUCGCUGAGCACAACAACCUCAACUACGCCAUUCCCGGUGGACUUAUUGGUGUCGGUACCCGUAUCGAUCCCACUCUUUGCCGUGCUGACCGUCUGGUUGGUUUCGUUCUGGGACACCGUUCGCGUCUCCCUGCUAUCUACACUGAGAUUGAAGUCAACUACUUCCUGCUCCGUCGUCUGCUGGGUGUGAAGACCGCCGACGGCAAGCAGGCCAAGGUCGCCAAGCUUGCUAAAAAUGAAGUCCUCAUGGUCAACAUUGGCUCAACUGCCACCGGUGCCAAGGUUCUGGGUGUCAAGGCCGAUGCUGCUAAGCUCAGUCUGACCAGCCCCGCCUGUACUGAGGUUGGCGAGAAGAUUGCCAUCAGUCGCAGAAUUGACAAGCACUGGCGUCUGAUUGGAUGGGCCAACAUCGUCCACGGUGUGACUCUCGAGCCUGUGCAGAACUAA